AUGGAGCGUGAGGAGGAGACCAGGGAGGUUCUGCUGCCCGACUGGGGCAGCGGCUGCCACGGCAUCACCAUCGACCAGACGGACGCCGGCGUCUUCGUCAAGCGCGUGCAGCAGAACUCCCCCGCUGCCAGGACUGGGGUGGUCAGGGAAGGGGACCAGAUCGUGAGCGCCACGGUGUAUUUCGACAACGUGCAGUCGGGGGAGCUUCGGCAGCUGCUCAGCAGCGUCGGGCAUCGCACCCUGGGGCUGCGCCUGGCGCGCAAAGGGGACGCGGCCCCGGGCUCAGGGCACGGCGCCGGGGGCGACCGCAGCCCCGAGAUCCUGCUGAGCGGGGAUGACGAGGAGUACCAGCGCAUCUACACCACCAAGAUCAAGCCCCGGCUGAAGGGGGACGAAGGAGCCGAGGGGGAGACCCAGAGCAGAACCAUCACUGUGACCCGCAAGCUCACCCCCUUCACCCUGGAUGUGAGCCACAGAGACCCCCCUGAGCCCCCCAGCCUCAGCCUCCACGGCCCAGGAGCCUCCCUUGAGCCCCCCAGCCUCAGCCUCCACGGCCCAGGAGCCUCCCUUGAGCCCCCCAGCCUCAGCCUCCACGGCCCAGGAGCCUCCCCUGAGCCCCCCAGCCUCAGCCUCCACGGCCCAGGAGCCUCCCCUGAGCCCCCCAGCCUCAGCCUCCACGGCCCAGGGCUGAGGGGAGACCUUGAGCUCCCAGCUGGGCUCCAGCAGCACGGGGGGGUUCAGCUCAGCCAUGGCCCCAUGGGCUGGGGGCUCCCUGGGACCCCCAGACUGGAGGCCAAUGGACAACCAGGGAGCCCAGAGGGAAGUUUCCACCUCCAGGAGCCCAGUUGGGAUGGCCAAGGCCACGUUUGUGCCCAGGGAAAGGGGAGUGUGGACGUGGCUCUGCCAAACCCAACCUUGGCCAUGGGGAAGGUCAAGAUCCCAGCCAUGAAAAUGCCCAAAUUUGGGUUCUCUGGGUCAGGAUCCGACCUCAAAGCUCAAACCCACCCUGUGGGCUCCUCAUCCAUCCAGCUCAAGGGGCCACAAGCCUCAGCUCCUUCAACCCAAGCUUCAGGCCCUCAACUGGAUGUGGCCUUGAAGGGUUCUACCAUGAAGGUUCCUCCAACCCAAGCCCAAGGCCCUCAACUGGAUGUGGCCUUGAAGGGUUCAACCAUGAAGGUUCCUUCAACCCAAGCCCAAGGCCCUCAACUGGACAUGGACUCUGCCACCCCUGAGCUGGAGCUUCCUGGAGGCACCAUCCAAGGACCCAAAGUGGAUGUUGCUGGUGGGAAGGGGAAGAUCCAGCUGCCACACUUGAGCUUCCCCAAGUUCAGUGCCUCAGCUUUGGCAGGGGAAGGGCCUGGGGUGGAAAUGGGGCUCCCAAAAGUUGAGGUGGGACCUGCCAGGGUUGAGAUGGAGCUUCCUGAUGCCACCAGCAAAGGAGAGUGGAAAGGCCCCACGUUCAAGAAGGUGGAGAAGCCUCAGAUCUCGCUGUCAGACGUCCAAAUGCACCUGAAAGGGGUCGAGGGGAAGGGAGAGGUGACCAUCCCCACCCCUGGAGAGGGAGGACUGGGCUGGAAGGGCCUCAAGGUGGAUGCCAAAGCUCCUGAGCUUGGAGUUGAGAGGCUGGAGGGUUCCUGGAAGGGACCUGAGGUCUCCACACCAGGGUUUGACCUGAAGGUGAAAGGGCCUCAGCUCAAGGGAGACCUGGAUGUCUCCAACUCAACCUUGGAAGGGCCUGAGCUCAACCUUCAAGGCCCCAAGCUCAGCGUGGACCUCCCCCAUGGAGACCUCCAUGGCCCCAAAGUCAACAUUGGGACACCAGACGUGGAUCUCCACGGCCCUGAGGGCAAACUCAAGAUGCCCAAGCUGAAGAUGCCCAAGUUUGGGGUGCCAGGGCUGAAGGGGGAAGGUCCUGGCAUCGAUGUCACCAUCCCAAAGGCUGAGGUGGAGGUUCCUGGCCCCAAAGUGGACGUGGACUUGCCAAGUGUGGACUUGGAAGGGCCAAAAGGCCAACUGAAGGGCCCCAAGGUGAAGGUGCCCGAGGUGGAUCUGAAGCUGGGAGGUGCCCACGUGAAAGGUGACGUGGGAGUUGCCACCCCCAAGGUUGGGGUUGACCUGAAGGCUCCUGAACUGGAGCUCCAUGGCCCCAGAGUUGAUGUUGGGACACCAGAUGUGGACCUUCACAGCCCUGAGGGCAAACUCAAGAUGCCCAAGCUGAAGAUGCCCAAGUUUGGGGUGCCAGGGCUGAAGGGAGAAGGUGCUGGCAUCGAUGUCACCAUCCCAAAGGCUGAGGUGGAGGUUCCUGGCCCCAAAGUGGACGUGGACUUGCCAAGUGUGGACAUCAAAGGGCCAGAACUGAAGGGCCCCAAGGUGAAGGUGCCUGAGAUGGGCAUCAAGACCCCCCAGAUCUCGCUGCCUGACGUUGACCUGAGUCUGAAAGGCCCCAAAGUGAAGGGAGACCUGGAUGUGUCCUCCCCAAAACUGGAAGGGGAGCUGAAAGCACCUGGGUUGGACAUCCAUGGCCCCAAAGUUGAUGUUGGGACACCAGACGUGGAUCUCCACGGCCCUGAGGGCAAACUCAAGAUGCCCAAGCUGAAGAUGCCCAAGUUUGGGGUGCCAGGGCUGAAGGGGGACGGUCCUGGCAUCGAUGUCACCAUCCCAAAGGCUGAGGUGGAGGUUCCUGGCCCCAAAGUGGACGUGGAAGGGCCAAAAGGGAAAGGUGUGAAGCUGAAGAUGCCCGAACUCAACGUCCAGACGCCCAAAGUGUCGCUGCCAGACGUGGGUCUGGGGCUGAAAGGCCCCAAAGUGAAAGGAGAGCUGGAUGCUUCUGGCCUGAAGGUCUCUGGAGAUCUCCAAGGCCCCAAAGUAGAGGUGGAAGGUCCCAAGGUGGAUGUGGAGGGGCCAGAGCUGGAGGUGGGAGGAGCAGAAGGCAAAUGGAAAGGCCCCAAGUUCAGGAUGCCAAAGCUGAACAUCAAAGCCCCCAAGAUCUCGAUGCCAGACGUGGAUCUGAACCUGAAGGGCCCCAAAGUGAAGGGAGACGUGGAUGUGGCAGUGCCCAAGCUGGAAGGUGACCUGAAGGGCCCUGAGGUUGACAUCAAAGGACCCAAACUGGAUGUUGAUCUCCCUGAUGUGGAGCUGGAGGGUCCUGAAGGAAAGUUGAAGGGCCCCAAGUUCAAGAUGCCCGAGAUGCACAUCAAAGCCCCAAAGAUCUCGAUGCCUGACGUGGACUUCAACCUGAAGGGCCCCAAAGUGAAGGGAGACGUGGAUGUGUCACUGCCCAAGCUGGAGGGAGAGCUGAAGGGUCCAGACGUUGACAUCAAGGGUCCCAAAGUUGACAUUGAGGCCCCUGACGUGGACGUUCACGGCCCUGAGGGGAAGUUCAAGAUGCCCAAGUUCAAGAUGCCCAAGUUUGGGCUGAAAGGAGAAGGCCCAGAGGUGGAUGUGACCCUGCCCAAAGGGGACAUCGAGGUCUCUGCUCCCAAGGUGGACAUUGAAGGCCCAGAGUUGGAUGUGGAAGGUCCAGAGGGGAAGCUGAAGGGCCCCAAGUUCAAGAUGCCCGAGAUGCACAUCAAGACCCCCAAGAUCUCGAUGCCUGACAUUGACCUGAACCUGAAGGGCCCCAAAGUGAAGGGAGACGUGGAUGUGGCAGUGCCCAAGCUGGAAGGUGACCUGAAGGGCCCAGAGGUUGACAUCAAAGGUUCCAAAGUCAAUGUUGAUCUGCCUGACGUGGAGCUGGAGGGUCCUGAAGGGAAACUGAAGGGCCCCAAGUUCAAGAUGCCCGAGAUGCACAUCAAAGCCCCCAAGAUCUCGAUGCCUGACGUGGACUUCAACCUGAAGGGCCCCAAAGUGAAGGGAGACGUGGAUGUGUCACUGCCCAAGCUGGAGGGAGAGCUCAAGGGCCCUGAAGUUGACAUCAAAGGUCCCAAAGUUGACAUUGAGGCCCCUGACGUGGACGUUCACGGCCCUGAGGGGAAGUUCAAGAUGCCCAAGUUCAAGAUGCCCAAGUUUGGGCUGAAAGGAGAAGGCCCAGAGGUGGAUGUGACCCUGCCCAAAGGGGACAUCGAGGUCUCUGCCCCCAAGGUUGAUAUUCAAGGCCCAGAGCUGGACAUUGAAGGUCCAGAGGGGAAGAUAAAGGGCCCCAAGUUCAAGAUGCCCGAGAUGCACAUCAAGACCCCCAAGAUCUCGAUGCCUGACAUUGAUCUGAACCUGAAGGGCCCCAAAGUGAAGGGAGACGUGGAUGUGUCAGUGCCCAAGCUGGAGGGAGAUAUGAAAGGUCCUGAGGUUGACAUCAAGGGCCCCAAAGUUGAUGUUGAUGUUCCUGAUGUUGAGUUGGAAGGUCCUGAGGGGAAGCUGAAGGGUCCCAAGUUCAAGAUGCCCGAGAUGCACUUUAAGGCCCCAAAGAUCUCGAUGCCUGACGUGGACUUCAACCUGAAGGGCCCCAAAGUGAAGGGAGACGUGGAUGUGUCUGUGCCCAAGCUGGAGGGAGAGCUGAAGGGCCCUGAGCUGGACAUCAAGGGCCCCAAAGUUGACGUUGACCUGCCUGACGUUGAGUUGGAAGGUCCUGAAGGGAAACUGAAGGGCCCCAAGUUCAAGAUGCCUGAGAUGCACAUCAAAGCCCCAAAGAUCUCGAUGCCAGACAUCAAUCUGAAGGGUCCCAAAGUGAAGGGAGAUGUGGAAGUUUCUGCUCCUGAUUUGGAAGGUCCAAAGGUUGAACUUGAGGCCCCUGACAUUGACAUCAAAGGACCAGAGGGGAAGAUAAAGGGCCCCAAGUUCAAGAUGCCCGAGAUGCACAUCAAGACCCCCAAGAUCUCGAUGCCUGACAUUGACCUGAACCUGAAGGGCCCCAAAGUGAAGGGAGACGUGGAUGUGUCAGUGCCCAAGCUGGAAGGUGACCUGAAGGGCCCAGAGCUGGACAUCAAGGGCCCCAAAGUCAAUGUUGAUUUGCCAGAUGUUGACUUGGAAGGUACAGAGAGGAAACUGAAGGGCCCCAAGUUCAAGAUGCCCGAGAUGCACUUCAAAGCCCCCAAGAUCUCGAUGCCUGACGUGGACUUCAACCUGAAGGGCCCCAAAGUGAAGGGAGACGUGGAUGUGUCUGUGCCCAAGCUGGAAGGUGACCUGAAGGGCCCAGAGCUGGACAUCAAGGGCCCCAAAGUUGACGUUGACCUGCCUGACGUUGAGUUGGAAGGUCCUGAAGGGAAACUGAAGGGUCCCAAGUUCAAGAUGCCUGAGAUGCACAUCAAAGCCCCCAAGUUCUCGAUGCCAGACAUCAAUCUGAAGGGUCCCAAAGUGAAGGGAGACGUGGAAGUUUCUGCUCCUGAUUUGGAAGGUCCAAAGGUUGAACUUGAGGCCCCUGACAUUGACAUCAAAGGACCAGAGGGGAAGAUAAAGGGCCCCAAGUUCAAGAUGCCCGAGAUGCACAUCAAGGCCCCCAAGUUCUCGAUGCCUGACGUGGACUUCAACCUGAAGGGCCCCAAAGUGAAGGGAGACGUGGAUGUGUCAGUGCCCAAGCUGGAGGGAGACCUGAAGGGUCCUGAAGUUGAUAUCAAGGGUCCCAAAGUUGACAUUGAGGCCCCUGACGUGGACGUUCACGGCCCUGAGGGGAAGUUCAAGAUGCCCAAGUUCAAGAUGCCCAAGUUUGGGCUGAAAGGAGAAGGCCCAGAGGUGGAUGUGACCCUGCCCAAAGGGGACAUCAAUGUCUCAGCCCCCAAGGUGGACAUUGAGGGUCCAGAGUUGGACAUUGAAGGUCCAGAGGGGAAGAUAAAGGGCCCCAAGUUCAAGAUGCCCGAGAUGCACAUCAAGACCCCCAAGAUCUCGAUGCCUGACAUUGACCUGAACCUGAAGGGCCCCAAAGUGAAGGGAGACGUGGAUGUGUCACUGCCCAAGCUGGAGGGAGACCUGAAGGGCCCAGAGGUGGACAUCAAGGGCCCCAAACUGGAUGUUGAUCUGCCUGACGUUGAGUUGGAAGGUCCUGAGGGGAAGCUGAAGGGCCCCAAGUUCAAGAUGCCCGAGAUGCACUUUAAGGCCCCAAAGAUCUCGAUGCCAGACGUGGAUCUGAACCUGAAGGGCCCCAAAGUGAAGGGAGACGUGGAUGUGUCACUGCCCAAGCUGGAAGGUGACCUGAAAGGCCCAGAGGUUGACAUCAAAGGCCCCAAAGUCGAUGUUGAUCUCCCUGAUGUGGAGCUGGAGGGUCCUGAAGGGAAACUGAAGGGCCCCAAGUUCAAGAUGCCCGAGAUGCACAUCAAGGCCCCAAAGAUCUCGAUGCCUGACGUGGACUUCAACCUGAAGGGCCCCAAAGUGAAGGGAGACGUGGAUGUGUCUGUGCCCAAGCUGGAGGGAGAGCUCAAGGGCCCUGAAGUUGACAUCAAAGGUCCCAAAGUUGACAUUGAGGCCCCUGACGUGGACGUUCACGGCCCUGAGGGGAAGUUCAAGAUGCCCAAGUUCAAGAUGCCCAAGUUUGGGCUGAAAGGAGAAGGCCCAGAGGUGGAUGUGACCCUGCCCAAAGGGGACAUCGAGGUCUCUGCCCCCAAGGUUGAUAUUCAAGGCCCAGAGCUGGACAUUGAAGGUCCAGAGGGGAAGAUAAAGGGCCCCAAGUUCAAGAUGCCCGAGAUGCACAUCAAGACCCCCAAGAUCUCGAUGCCUGACAUUGAUCUGAACCUGAAGGGCCCCAAAGUGAAAGGAGACGUGGAUGUGUCAGUGCCCAAGCUGGAGGGAGAUCUGAAAGGUCCUGAGGUUGACAUCAAGGGCCCCAAAGUUGAUGUUGAUGUUCCUGAUGUUGAGUUGGAAGGUCCUGAGGGGAAGCUGAAGGGUCCCAAGUUCAAGAUGCCCGAGAUGCACUUUAAGGCCCCAAAGAUCUCGAUGCCUGACGUGGAUCUGAACCUGAAGGGCCCCAAAGUCAAGGGAGACGUGGAUGUGUCUGUGCCCAAGCUGGAAGGAGACCUGAAAGGUCCUGAGGUUGACAUCAAAGGCCCCAAAGUCGAUGUUGAUCUCCCUGAUGUUGAGUUGGAAGGUCCUGAGGGGAAACUGAAGGGCCCCAAGUUCAAGAUGCCCGAGAUGCACAUCAAGGCCCCCAAGAUCUCGAUGCCUGACUUUGAUCUGAACCUGAAGGGCCCCAAAGUGAAGGGAGACGUGGAUGUGUCUGUGCCCAAGCUGGAAGGUGACCUGAAGGGCCCAGAGCUGGACAUCAAGGGCCCCAAAGUCAAUGUUGAUUUGCCAGAUGUUGACUUGGAAGGUCCAGAGGGGAAACUGAAGGGCCCCAAGUUCAAGAUGCCCGAGAUGCACUUCAAAGCCCCCAAGAUCUCGAUGCCUGACGUGGACUUCAACCUGAAGGGCCCCAAAGUGAAGGGAGACGUGGAUGUGUCUGUGCCCAAGCUGGAAGGUGACCUGAAGGGCCCAGAGCUGGACAUCAAGGGCCCCAAAGUUGACGUUGACCUGCCUGACGUUGAGUUGGAAGGUCCCGAAGGGAAACUGAAGGGUCCCAAGUUCAAGAUGCCUGAGAUGCACAUCAAAGCCCCCAAGUUCUCGAUGCCAGACAUCAAUCUGAAGGGUCCCAAAGUGAAGGGAGACGUGGAAGUUUCUGCUCCUGAUUUGGAAGGUCCAAAGGUUGAACUUGAGGCCCCUGACAUUGACAUCAAAGGACCAGAGGGGAAGAUAAAGGGCCCCAAGUUCAAGAUGCCCGAGAUGCACAUCAAGGCCCCCAAGUUCUCGAUGCCUGACGUGGACUUCAACCUGAAGGGCCCCAAAGUGAAGGGAGACGUGGAUGUGUCAGUGCCCAAGCUGGAGGGAGACCUGAAGGGUCCUGAAGUUGAUAUCAAGGGUCCCAAAGUUGACAUUGAGGCCCCUGACGUGGACAUUCACGGCCCUGAGGGGAAGUUCAAGAUGCCCAAGUUCAAGAUGCCCAAGUUUGGGCUGAAAGGAGAAGGCCCAGAGGUGGAUGUGACCCUGCCCAAAGGGGACAUCAAUGUCUCAGCCCCCAAGGUGGACAUUGAGGGUCCAGAGUUGGACAUUGAAGGUCCAGAGGGGAAGAUAAAGGGCCCCAAGUUCAAGAUGCCCGAGAUGCACAUCAAGACCCCCAAGAUCUCGAUGCCUGACAUUGACCUGAACCUGAAGGGCCCCAAAGUGAAGGGAGAUGUGGAUGUGUCACUGCCCAAGCUGGAGGGAGACCUGAAGGGCCCAGAGGUGGACAUCAAGGGCCCCAAACUGGAUGUUGAUCUGCCUGACGUUGAGUUGGAAGGUCCUGAGGGGAAGCUGAAGGGCCCCAAGUUCAAGAUGCCCGAGAUGCACUUUAAGGCCCCAAAGAUCUCGAUGCCAGACGUGGAUCUGAACCUGAAGGGCCCCAAAGUGAAGGGAGACGUGGAUGUGUCACUGCCCAAGCUGGAAGGUGACCUGAAAGGCCCAGAGGUUGACAUCAAAGGCCCCAAAGUCGAUGUUGAUCUCCCUGAUGUGGAGCUGGAGGGUCCUGAGGGGAAACUGAAGGGCCCCAAGUUCAAGAUGCCCGAGAUGCACAUCAAGGCCCCAAAGAUCUCGAUGCCUGACGUGGACUUCAACCUGAAGGGCCCCAAAGUGAAGGGAGACGUGGAUGUGUCACUGCCCAAGCUGGAGGGAGAGCUGAAGGGCCCUGAGCUGGACAUUAAAGGCCCCAAAGUUGACAUUGAGGCCCCUGACGUGGACGUUCACGGCCCUGAGGGGAAGUUCAAGAUGCCCAAGUUCAAGAUGCCCAAGUUUGGGCUGAAAGGAGAAGGCCCAGAGGUGGAUGUGACCCUGCCCAAAGGGGACAUCGAGGUCUCUGCUCCCAAGGUGGAUAUUGAAGGCCCAGAGUUGGAUGUGGAAGGUCCAGAGGGGAAAAUCAAGGGCCCCAAGUUCAAGAUGCCCGAGAUGCACAUCAAGACCCCCAAGAUCUCGAUGCCUGACAUUGACCUGAACCUGAAGGGCCCCAAAGUGAAGGGAGACGUGGAUGUGUCACUGCCCAAGCUGGAAGGUGACCUGAAGGGCCCAGAGGUGGACAUCAAGGGCCCCAAAGUCAAUGUUGAUUUGCCAGAUGUUGAGUUGGAAGGUCCAGAAGGGAAGAUAAAAGGCCCCAAGUUCAAGAUGCCCGAGAUGCACAUCAAGGCCCCAAAGAUCUCGAUGCCUGACGUGGACUUCAACCUGAAGGGCCCCAAAGUGAAGGGAGAUGUGGAUGUGUCACUGCCCAAGCUGGAAGGUGACCUGAAGGGUCCUGAACUAGAUAUUAAGGGCCCAAAAGUCGAUAUUAAUGUGCCUGAUGUUGACCUGGAGUGUCCAGAAGCGAAGCUGAAGGGCCCCAACUUCAAGAUGCCCGAGAUGCACAUCAAGACCCCCAAGAUCUCGAUGCCUGACAUUGAUCUGAACCUGAAGGGCCCCAAAGUGAAGGGAGACGUGGAUGUGUCUGUCCCAAAACUAGAGGGUGAAUUGAAAGGCCCAGAUUUGGAUAUCAAAGGUCCUAAAGUGGAUGUAGAAGUUCCUGAUGUGGAGCUGGAGGUCCCAGAGGGGAAACUGAAGGGUCCCAAGUUCAAGAUGCCCGAGAUGCACUUUAAGGCCCCAAAGAUCUCGAUGCCUGACUUUGAUCUGAACCUGAAGGGCCCCAAAGUCAAGGGAGACGUGGAUGUGUCUGUGCCCAAGCUGGAAGGUGACCUGAAAGGUCCAGAGCUGGAUUUAGAGGCUCCAGACAUUGAGCUGGAAUGUCCAGAAGGGAAACUGAAGGGUCCCAAGUUCAAGAUGCCCGAGAUGCACUUUAAGGCCCCCAAGAUCUCGAUGCCUGACUUUGAUCUGAACCUGAAGGGCCCCAAAGUGAAGGGAGAUGUGGAUGUGUCACUGCCCAAGCUGGAGGGAGAUCUGAAGGGUCCAGACAUUGACAUCAAGGGUCCCAAAGUUGACAUUGAGGCCCCUGACGUGGACGUUCACAGCCCUGAGGGGAAGUUCAAGAUGCCCAAGUUCAAGAUGCCCAAGUUUGGGCUGAAAGGAGAAGGCCCAGAGGUGGAUGUGACCCUGCCCAAAGGGGACAUCGAGGUCUCUGCCCCCAAGGUGGACAUUGAGGGUCCAGAGUUGGACAUUGAAGGUCCAGAGGGGAAGAUAAAGGGUCCCAAGUUCAAGAUGCCCGAGAUGCACAUCAAGGCCCCCAAGAUCUCGAUGCCUGACAUUGACCUGAACCUGAAGGGCCCCAAAGUGAAGGGAGAUGUGGAUGUGUCACUGCCCAAGCUGGAAGGUGACCUGAAAGGCCCAGAGGUUGACAUCAAGGGCCCCAAACUGGAUGUUGAUGUUCCUGAUGUUGAGUUGGAAGGUUCAGAGGGAAAGCUGAAGGGCCCCAAGUUCAAGAUGCCCGAGAUGCACAUCAAGGCCCCCAAGAUCUCGAUGCCUGACGUGGACUUCAACCUGAAGGGCCCCAAAGUGAAGGGAGACGUGGAUGUGUCUGUGCCCAAGCUGGAGGGAGAUCUGAAGGGUCCAGACAUUGACAUCAAGGGCCCCAAAGUUGACAUUGAGGCCCCUGACGUGGACGUUCACGGCCCUGAGGGGAAGUUCAAGAUGCCCAAGUUCAAGAUGCCCAAGUUUGGGCUGAAAGGAGAAGGCCCAGAGGUGGAUGUGACCCUGCCCAAAGGGGACAUCGAGGUCUCUGCUCCCAGGGUGGACAUUGAAGGCCCAGAGUUGGAUGUAGAAGGUCCAGAAGGGAAGAUAAAGGGCCCCAAGUUCAAGAUGCCUGAGAUGCACUUCAAAGCCCCAAAGAUCUCGAUGCCUGACGUGGACUUCAACCUGAAGGGCCCCAAAGUGAAGGGAGACGUGGAUGUGUCUGUGCCCAAGCUGGAAGGUGACCUGAAGGGCCCAGAGGUUGACAUCAAGGGCCCCAAAGUCAAUGUUGAUCUCCCUGAUGUAGAGUUGGAAGGUCCCGAAGGAAAGUUGAAGGGCCCCAAGUUCAAGAUGCCCGAGAUGCACAUCAAGACCCCCAAGUUCUCGAUGCCUGACGUGGACUUCAACCUGAAGGGCCCCAAAGUGAAGGGAGACGUGGAUGUGUCACUGCCCAAGCUGGAGGGAGAGCUGAAAGGCCCAGAGCUGGAUAUCAAAGGCCCCAAAGUUGACAUUGAGGCCCCUGACGUGGACGUUCACGGCCCUGAGGGGAAGUUCAAGAUGCCCAAGUUCAAGAUGCCCAAGUUUGGGCUGAAAGGAGAAGGCCCAGAGGUGGAUGUGAAUCUCCCUGAAGGCCACGUUGACAUUUCAGGUCCAAAGGUUGAUGUUCCUGAUGUGGAGCUGGAGGGUCCAGAAGGGAAACUGAAAGGCCCCAAACUCAAGAAGCCCGAGAUCCAAUUGAACGUCCCCAAGAUCUCGAUGCCAGACAUUGACCUGAACCUCAAAGGCCCCAAAGUCAAAGGUGACUUUGACCCUUCUCUUCCCAAACUCGAGGGUGAGCUGAAAGGCCCCAAAGUGGACAUUAAAGGGCCAGAAGUUGAUGUUGAAGGCCCCAAACUCGACCUGGAAGGCAAAGCUAAAAAAUCAAGGUUUAAACUGCCCAAAUUUGGCUUUUCUGGUCCUAAAGUGCAAAGCCCUGAGGUUGAUGUGAAGCUGAAGAAAUCUGAGGUGGAGCUGUCUGGCCCCAAAGUCGAUGUCCAGGCUCCUGAAGUGGAUGUUCAGGCCAAAUCUAAAGGGUCCAAGUUUAAAAUGCCUUUCCUGAGCAUCUCCUCACCCAAAGUGUCGGUGCCAGACGUGGAGCUGCACCUCAAAGGCCACAAAGUGAAAGGAGAGGUGGAUCUGUCCAGCCCCAAGCUGGAAGGGGAACUGAAAAGUCCCUCCUUGGACAUCAAAGGCCCCAAAGUCAACGUUGAAGCUCCUGAGGUUGAUCUUCAUGGGCCUGAAGGGAAACUGAAGAUGCCCAAGUUCAAGAUGCCCAAGUUUGGGGUGUCUGGGGGGAAAGUUGAAGGCCCAGAGCUGGAUGUUGGGGUUCCCAAAGGAGAACUCGAUGUUUCAGGUCCCAAGUUGGAUGUUGAAGGGGCUGGAUUGGAGAUUGAGGGACCUGAGGGGAAGCUGAAGGGUCCUCACUUCAAAAUGCCUGAACUGAACAUCAAAGCCCCCAAGAUCUCGAUGCCUGACUUUGACCUGAACCUGAAGGGCCCCAAAGUGAAGGGAGACGUGGAUGUGUCACUGCCCAAGCUGGAGGGAGACCUGAAGGGCCCUGAGGUUGACAUCAAAGGUCCCAAAGUCAAUGUUGAUCUUCCUGAUGUAGAGUUGGAAGGUCCAGAAGGGAAACUGAAGGGCCCCAAGUUCAAGAUGCCCGAGAUGCACAUCAAGGCCCCCAAGAUCUCGAUGCCUGACGUGGACUUCAACCUGAAGGGCCCCAAAGUGAAGGGAGACGUGGAUGUGUCUGUGCCCAAGCUGGAAGGUGACCUGAAGGGUCCUGAACUGGACAUCAAAGGCCCCAAACUGGAUGUUGAUCUGCCUGACGUGGAGCUGGAGGGUCCUGAGGGAAAGUUGAAGGGCCCCAAGUUCAAGAUGCCCGAGAUGCACUUCAAAGCCCCCAAGAUCUCGAUGCCUGACGUGGACUUCAACCUGAAGGGCCCCAAAGUGAAAGGAGACGUGGAUGUGUCAGUGCCCAAGCUGGAAGGAGAGCUGAAAGGUCCUGAGGUUGACAUCAAGGGCCCCAAAGUCAAUGUUGAUGUUCCUGAUGUUGAGUUGGAAGGUCCUGAGGGGAAACUGAAGGGCCCCAAGUUCAAGAUGCCCGAGAUGCACAUCAAGGCCCCCAAGAUCUCGAUGCCUGACUUUGAUCUGAACCUGAAGGGCCCCAAAGUGAAGGGAGACGUGGAUGUGUCACUGCCCAAGCUGGAAGGAGACCUGAAGGGCCCAGACAUUGACAUCAAGGGUCCCAAAGUUGACACUGAGGCCCCUGACGUGGACAUUCACGGCCCUGAGGGGAAGUUCAAGAUGCCCAAGUUCAAGAUGCCCAAGUUUGGGCUGAAAGGAGAAGGCCCAGAGGUGGAUGUGACCCUGCCCAAAGGGGACAUCGAGGUCUCUGCUCCCAAGGUGGACAUUGAGGGUCCAGAGCUGGACAUUGAAGGUCCAGAAGGGAAACUGAAGGGCCCCAAGUUCAAGAUGCCCGAGAUGCACAUCAAGACCCCCAAGAUCUCGAUGCCUGACAUUGACCUGAACCUGAAGGGCCCCAAAGUGAAGGGAGACGUGGAUGUGUCUGUGCCCAAGCUGGAAGGUGACCUGAAAGGUCCUGAGGUUGACAUCAAGGGCCCCAAAGUGGAUGUUGAUCUGCCUGACGUUGAGUUGGAAGGUCCUGAAGGAAAGUUGAAGGGCCCCAAGUUCAAGAUGCCCGAGAUGCACAUCAAGACCCCCAAGAUCUCGAUGCCUGACUUUGAUCUGAACCUGAAGGGCCCCAAAGUGAAGGGAGAUGUGGAUGUGUCUGUGCCCAAGCUGGAAGGUGACCUAAAAGCUCCUGAACUGGACAUCAAGGGCCCCAAACUGGAUGUUGAUCUGCCUGACGUGGAGCUGGAAGGUCCUGAAGGAAAGUUGAAGGGCCCCAAGUUCAAGAUGCCCGAGAUGCACUUCAAAGCCCCCAAGAUCGCGAUGCCUGACGUGGACUUCAACCUGAAGGGCCCCAAAGUCAAAGGGGAUGUUGAAGUCUCAGUGCCCAAGCUGGAAGGUGACCUAAAAGGUCCUGAAGUUGACAUCAAGGGUCCCAAAGUUGACAUUGAGGCCCCUGACGUGGACGUUCACGGCCCUGAGGGGAAGUUCAAGCUGCCCAAGUUCAAGAUGCCCAAGUUUUCCAUGCCAGGCUUUAAAGGGGAGGGUGUGGACGUGGACAUGAACCUCCCCAAGGGAGACCUGGACAUUUCGGGCCCAGGUGUAGCUGUGGAGGCUCCUGAGCUCAACGUGGAUGCCAAAGUCAAAGGGCCCAAAUUCUCGAUGCCCGAGAUGCACAUCAAGACCCCCAAGAUCUCGAUGCCUGACAUUGACCUGAACCUGAAGGGCCCCAAAGUGAAGGGAGACGUGGAUGUGUCACUGCCCAAGCUGGAAGGUGACUUGAAAGGUCCUGAGGUUGACAUCAAAGGUCCCAAAGUGGAUGUUGACCUCCCUGAUGUCGAGCUGGAGGGUCCAGAGGGGAAGAUAAAGGGCCCCAAGUUCAAGAUGCCCGAGAUGCACAUCAAGACCCCCAAGAUCUCGAUGCCUGACGUGGACUUCAACCUGAAGGGCCCCAAAGUGAAGGGAGACGUGGAUGUGUCUGUGCCCAAGCUGGAGGGAGAGCUGAAGGGCCCUGAAGUUGAUAUCAAGGGCCCCAAAGUUGACAUUGAGGCCCCUGACGUGGACGUUCACGGCCCUGAGGGGAAGUUCAAGAUGCCCAAGUUCAAGAUGCCCAAGUUUGGGCUGAAAGGAGAAGGCCCAGAGGUGGAUGUGACCCUGCCCAAAGGGGACAUCGAGGUCUCUGCUCCCAAGGUGGACAUUGAAGGCCCAGAGUUGGAUGUGGAAGGUCCAGAGGGGAAGAUAAAGGGUCCCAAGUUCAAGAUGCCUGAGAUGCACAUCAAGACCCCCAAGAUCUCGAUGCCUGACUUUGAUCUGAACCUGAAGGGCCCCAAAGUGAAGGGAGACGUGGAUGUGUCACUGCCCAAGCUGGAGGGAGACCUGAAGGGCCCAGAGGUGGACAUCAAGGGCCCCAAACUGGAUGUUGAUCUGCCUGACGUUGAGUUGGAAGGUCCUGAGGGAAAGUUGAAGGGCCCCAAGUUCAAGAUGCCCGAGAUGCACAUCAAGACCCCCAAGAUCUCGAUGCCUGACGUGGACUUCAACCUGAAGGGCCCCAAAGUGAAGGGAGACGUGGAUGUGUCACUGCCCAAGCUGGAAGGUGACCUAAAAGCUCCUGAACUCGACAUCAAGGGCCCCAAAGUGGAUGUUGAUCUGCCUGAUGUGGAGCUGGAGGGUCCUGAAGGGAAGCUGAAGGGCCCCAAGUUCAAGAUGCCCGAGAUGCACUUCAAAGCCCCCAAGAUCUCGAUGCCUGACGUGGACUUCAACCUGAAGGGCCCCAAAGUGAAGGGAGACGUGGAUGUGUCAGUGCCCAAGCUGGAAGGUGACCUGAAGGGCCCUCAACUGGAUAUUAAAGGUCCCAAAGUUGACAUUGAGGCCCCUGACGUGGACAUUCACGGCCCUGAGGGGAAGUUCAAGAUGCCCAAGUUCAAGAUGCCCAAGUUUGGGCUGAAAGGAGAAGGCCCAGAGGUGGAUGUGACCCUGCCCAAAGGGGACAUCGAGGUCUCUGCCCCCAAGGUUGAUAUUCAAGGCCCAGAGCUUGAUGUAGAAGGUCCAGAGGGGAAGAUAAAGGGUCCUAAGUUCAAGAUGCCCGAGAUGCACAUCAAGGCUCCCAAGUUCUCGAUGCCUGACGUGGACUUCAACCUGAAGGGCCCCAAAGUGAAGGGAGACGUGGAUGUGUCUGUGCCCAAGCUGGAAGGUGACCUGAAGGGCCCAGAGGUUGACAUCAAGGGCCCCAAAGUCAAUAUUGAUCUUCCAGAUGUGGAGCUGGAGGGUCCUGAGGGGAAGCUGAAGGGCCCCAAGUUCAAGAUGCCCGAGAUGCACAUCAAGACCCCCCAAAUCUCGAUGCCUGACAUCGAUUUGAACCUGAAGGGCCUGAAGCUGAAGGGUGAUGCUGACCUCCAUGGCCCCAAGCUUGAGGGAGGCCUCAAGGGCCCUGAAGUUGACAUCAAGGGUCCCAAAGUUGACAUCGAGGGCCCAGAGCUCGAUGUCGAUGGGCUGGAGGGGAAAAUGAAGCUGCCCAAGAUGAAGCUGCCCAAGUUGGGCUUCAAAGGAGAAGGUCCUGAGGUGGAUGUGAACCUGCCCAAGGCUGAGGUGGAUCUCUCAGGCCCCAGGCUGGAUGUGGACGUCCCAGAUGUGAGCGUGGAAGUGCCAGAGGGCAAAGUGAAAGGCCCCAAAGUGAAGCUGCCCGAGGUGCACGUCAACGUGCCCAAGAUCUCGAUGCCCGACAUCGACUUGAGUCUGAAGGGCCACAAAAGCAAGGGAGGCUUCGACCUCUCGGCCCCAAAGCUGGAAGGUGACCUCAAAGGGCCCGAAAUCCAACUCAAAGGGCCUGAAUUCAGGGUGAGGAGCCCCGAGGUCGAUGUGGAAGGUCCUGAUGUGAACGUGGAAGGGCCAGAAGUCAAAGUGGCCAAGGUGAAGAAGCCCAAGUUUGGCUUUGGGAUGAAGAGCCCCAAGGCUGAGGUGGAUUUACCCGAGGCUGAGCUGAACGUGGAGUCACCUGAGCUCAACCUUGGUGGGAAAGGGAAGAAAAGCAAGUUCAAGAUGCCCAAACUCCACGUGAGUGGCCCCAAAGUGAAAGGGAGGAGAGGUGGCUUUGAGGUGAGCGCGGCGGGCGCGGAGCUGGAGGCCCCGAGGGCUCCUGAGCUGGAUGUGGCCGUGGCUGGGCCUGAGGUGGCCAUCAAAGGGGACACCACCAAGUCCCCUAAAGGGAAGAAACCCAUGUUUGGUAAAAUCUCCUUCCCAGAUGUGGAGUUUGACCUGAAAUCGCAUCGUUUCAAGGGGGAGGUGGCAGGGUCGGGCCCCAAACUCGAGGGGGAGCUCAAAGGGCCAGGGGUGGAGGUUUCAGGCCCAAAUCUGGAUGUGGAAGCUCCUGAUGUGAACCUGAAGACACCCAAGUUCCAUGUUGCUGGGGGGGGAGGGGAUUGGAAGGUGGAGGGUGAGCUGAAGGGUCCCACCGUGGCUGGUCCCACCGUGGCCGGUCCCACCAUGGACCUGAGCGUGAAAGGACCAAAACUCAAGGGUGAUGUUGGUGUUCCUGGAGUAGAACUGGAAGGUCCUGAAGGGAAACUGAGACUCCCCAAAGGAGGGAAAGUGGGUGUGGAGUUGCCAGACGUGGAGCUGUCAGGGCCCAGCGUGGGGGGAAGCGUCGGUGGCCCCUCGGUUGACGUCCAGCUCCCAGGGCUCCAGAUCUCUGGGCUUGAUCUUGAUGGAAACAUGAAAGGACCAAAACUCAGAGGAGAUCUGGAUCUCUCUGGUCAUGUGGAAGGGCCAAAAGUCAGUUUGGAUGCUCCAGGUCUCGAGGUGGGAGGGUUGGGAGGGAAAGUGAAGCUGCCCAAGCUCAAGUCGCCCACGCUGGAGGCUCCUGAGCUGGAGGCCAAAGGUCCAGGCGGUGCCAAUCUCCAUCUCCAAGGACCCUCCUUGGAUGUUUCCCCCCCAGAUUUGGAUGGAAACCUGAAAGGACCAAAGUUGAAAGGAGAACUCGACGUGAAACCCCCCAAAGCGUCGUUGGCCGACGGCAGCUUCGAGAUCCUGGGGGGCACCAUCAAACUCCCGUCCCUCAAACUGCCCCAGUUUGGGGUUUCCAGUCCUGGUGGGGAUGGAGCUGAGGUGGGCAUGGCCUUGGAAGGUCCCCAAGUGAAAGGAGGCCUGAAGGGCUCAGGGAUGGAAGUGAAAGGGCCCAAAGUUGAGCUGCAGCCUCUUGGUGUUGCUGGGCCAGACGUUGACCUGAAGCUGAAAGGACCAAGAAUCAACGUGGAAGGAGCUGGGGUAGAGCUGAAAGAACCUGGAGGGAACAUCCAGCUGGAGGCUCCCACCUCAGGGUUGAACCUCAAUGUCAAAGGGCCCAAGGUUGGAGGAGGAGGAGGAGGAGGAGGAGGAGGAGGAACGUUCCACCUGAGUGGCCCCAAAGGAGGGCUUGGAGGAGGGAGCCCCGAAUGCAACCUGGGCAAAGUGUCCUUCCCCAAGCUGAGGAUGCCCAAGUUUGUGUUUGCAGAGCCUGAGGUGAAGGGCAGGGAGAUGGGGGUGGAUGUGGAGUUCCCUGCCCUGGAUGCCAACCUUCAGGAGCUGGAGGGACUGGAAGACACCGACGUCAGGCUGAAGAAACCCAAACUCAAAAUGCCCAGGUUCAACUUCUCCAAGCAGAAAGGGAAGAGCGGCGGCUCCCCAGAGGCUUCUGGCUCCGUUUCGGGCUCCAAGGGUGACCUGAAGAGCUCCAAAGCAAGCCUGGGGUCAACAGAGGGAGAGCUGGAAGGAGGAGGAGAAGCAACCAGGGGCAAGUUUUCCCUCUUCAAGAGCAAGAAGCCACGACACCGCUCGUCCUCGUUCAGCGACGAACGCUCGUCCCACGGCCCAAGCCCGGAGCCCGACUCUGACAAAGCCAAACAGGCUAAGAUCAAGUUUGGGACGUUUGGGGGGAUUGGUUCCAAGUCUAAAGGUUCUUAUGAGGUGACAGGGAGCGAUGAAGAAGGGAAAAGCCAAAGCCUGGCCUCCAAAAAGUCUCGUCUGUCCUCGUCCUCCAGCGGCGAGAGCGCGACGAGGGGCGGCCUCCGCCUGCCCGGGCUGGAGCUCAGCGUGGCCACCAAGAAGGAAUGAGCUGGACACAAGUGCCUGUGUAUAUACCAAGUGGAGUUGCUGCCCCCUCCCUCCCUGCAGCCCAGGUUUUGGGGUGGGAAAGGGGGGUUUUUGUAUAGACAA